AUGAGUGAUAGACAUCAAAGCAUCAUCAAGGCAGUCUCUGAGGUGUAUCCGAGUGCUCAUCAUGGAUAUUGUAUUUGGCAUAUUUCGCAGAAUGUGAGAGAUAGAGUUAGUAAUGUCAAUAAAGUCUUUGUUGCACAGAAAUUCCGAGAUUGCGCACAUAUCUAUACUCAAUCUGAGUUCAUUAGAGAGUAUGGUGAAUUCAGAGUUACGUUUCCUAAAGCCGCUGAGUAUCUUGAUAAUAGUGUUACCCUGGAAAAAUGGGCUAGGUGGUGCUUCUUGGGGGAUAAGUACAACAUAGAGACCAGUAACUCGGCAGAGUCUAUGAAUAGUUGUUUAGUGACUGCGAGGAAGUAUGCCUUAUUGCAUAUGAUCGAUGCGAUUGUAGCUAAAGUUUCUGCAUGGUUUAACAGAUACAGGAAGGAUUCAGCUGGUCCUUUUUAUAAUAAGAGAGUGGUGCCUGUUGUGGAGAAUGAAAUACACAGUCGAUGUGCAAUCACGUCUCUUUUAGUGGUGACGGAACUAAACAGCUACGAGCUUGAAUACAGCGUUAAUGGACUGGACGGGAAAACUUACGUGGUGAACUUGAUAGCAAAAAGCUGUUGCUGCAGGCGGUUUGAUAUAGAUAAGUUCCCGUGUGAACAUACAAUAGCCGCAGCGAAGAAACUGAUGAGCACGGAAGAUAGAUCAGCGAGUAUCAUAGUAUAUGACUUGUGCUCAAAAUAUUACUUGAUUGAGACGUGGGCAUUGGCAUACUAUCGAACAAUUUAUCCUGUUCCUCAUCAUACUGACUGGAGUGUUCUUGACAACAUCAAAGAGUUGGUCGUCUUACCACCAGAUGUCAAGAAAAAAGUGGGUAGAAAUCAAGAAAAGCGGAAACCAGGGCCCGGAGAACGUCGCCGGAGGACAAAGAACAAGGCCGACCCUCACUUGGACUUGGAGGCUUGUUUCCGGUCUUCUCAACAUCCCCAGGCAGAAGGUCCUUCAACUUAG